AUGUCGGACACCAAGGAGCAGCGCAUUCCCAUGCGAGAGCGCCGGCCGUCCACGAGUGCUCCCAUCGUCGACAUUCAGGGCUCCGUUGGCCCUGCUGGCAUCUCCCGCCCCAAGCACAAGCGAACUUUCACCGGUUUUGGUGCCAGCGAGAUCAAGAGCGUCGAGGCCUCUAUCCCCGAGCCUCAGCGCGAGGCCUGGAGCAGAUCCCAGGCCGGCCCCUUCAAGACCAAGGAUGAGUUCGAGAAGGAGGUUGUCCGCCAUGUCGAGACCACUCUCGCCCGUAGCAUGUUCAAUUGCGACGAGACGGCCGCCUACUCUGCUGCCAGCUUGGCCUUCCGCGACCGUCUGGUCAAGGAGUGGAACAAAACUCAGCAACGCCAGACCCUCGUCGAUGGGAAGCGUGUCUACUACCUGUCCCUCGAGUUCCUCAUGGGCCGAGCCCUCGACAAUGCCAUACUCAAUGUUGGCUUGAAGGACGUUGCCAAGGCCGGACUGGACGAUCUCGGCUUUCGUAUCGAGGAUGUCAUUGAGCAGGAGCACGACGCUGCCCUCGGAAACGGUGGUCUGGGUCGACUGGCUGCUUGCUUUCUCGACAGUCUCGCUUCCCUCAACUUCCCAGCCUGGGGCUACGGUUUGAGGUACCGAUACGGUAUCUUCAAACAGGAGAUCAUCGACGGCUACCAAGUAGAGGUUCCCGACUACUGGCUUGACUUCAACCCCUGGGAGUUCCCGCGCCACGAUGUGACUGUUGAUAUCCAAUUCUAUGGCCACGUUCAGAAGUCGACAGACUCCAACGGCAAGACCAUUGCCAGCUGGGAGGGCGGUGAAAACGUUACUGCCGUGGCAUACGACGUACCUAUUCCGGGAUACGCAACCCCCUCCACAAACAACCUGCGCCUCUGGUCUAGCAAGGCUGCUAGCGGCGAAUUCGACUUCCAGAAGUUCAAUAGCGGUGACUACGAAAAUUCUGUGGCCGACCAGCAGCGGGCUGAGACCAUCAGUGCUGUGUUGUACCCCAAUGACAACCUCGAACGAGGAAAGGAGCUUCGUCUGAAGCAGCAGUACUUCUGGGUGGCCGCAUCACUCUACGACAUCGUUCGCCGCUUCAAGAAGUCUCGACGCCCCUGGAGGGAGUUCCCCGACCAGGUCGCCAUUCAGCUGAACGAUACCCACCCUACACUUGCCAUUGUCGAGCUCCAACGCAUCCUGGUUGAUCUGGAGAAGCUCGAUUGGGACGAGGCUUGGAACCUGGUCACUGCCACCUUUGGCUACACCAACCACACCGUCCUGCCCGAGGCAUUGGAGAAGUGGCCAGUCGGUCUGGUUCAGCACCUGCUUCCCAGACAUUUGCAGAUUAUCUACGACAUCAAUCUGUUUUUCCUCCAGAGUGUUGAGAAGAUGUUCCCCAAUGACCGUGAUAUCCUGGGCAGGGUCUCGAUCAUUGAAGAAUCGCAACCGAAGAUGGUCCGCAUGGCUUUCUUGGCCAUCGUCGGCUCUCACAAGGUCAACGGCGUGGCUGAGCUGCAUUCGGACCUGAUCAAGACCACCAUCUUCAAGGACUUUGUCAACAUCUACGGCCCUGACAAGUUCACCAACGUCACAAAUGGCAUCACUCCGAGACGCUGGCUGCACCAGGCCAACCCUCGCCUGUCUGACCUCAUCGCCUCCAAGACUGGCGGUCAUGAGUUCCUGAAGGACCUCACGCAGUUGAACAAGCUCGAGCUCAGCGUCGAGGACAAGGAGUUCCGCAAGGAGUGGGCCGAGAUCAAGUACGCCAACAAGGUCCGCUUGGCCAAGUAUAUUAAGAACACUACGGGCGUAAGCGUCAAUCCCGCCGCGCUCUUUGACGUCCAGGUCAAGAGAAUCCACGAGUACAAGCGUCAACAGAUGAACAUCUUUGGAGUCAUUCAUCGAUACCUGACUCUCAAGGCCAUGUCGCCCGAGGACCGUAAGAAGGUGGCGCCGCGGGUCUCCAUCUUUGGUGGCAAGGCUGCUCCUGGUUACUGGAUGGCCAAGCAGAUUAUUCACUUGGUCAACAACGUCGGCUCUGUCGUCAACAAGGACGAGGACAUUGGUGAUCUCCUCAAGGUUAUCUUCCUCGAGGACUACAACGUCAGCAAGGCCGAGAUGAUCAUUCCAGCCUCGGACCUCAGCGAGCACAUCUCGACCGCCGGCACCGAGGCUUCGGGUACCAGCAACAUGAAGUUUGUUCUCAACGGUGGCCUCAUCAUUGGCACUUGCGACGGUGCCAACAUCGAGAUCACGCGCGAGAUUGGCGAGAACAACAUCUUCCUCUUCGGUAACCUGGCCGAAGAUGUCGAGGAUCUCCGCCACACCCAUACAUACGGAUCGCAUUCGAUCGACGAGAAUCUCGCCAAGGUCUUUUCCGAGAUUGAAAAGGGCACCUUCGGCUCGCCGUCAGACUUCCACGCCCUGAUCUCAGCUGUUCGUGACCAUGGAGACUACUACCUCGUCUCGGACGACUUCAACAGCUACAUCGAGACCCACCAUCUCGUCGACGAAGCAUACAAGAAUCAGGAGGAGUGGAUUACCAAGUCCAUCACGAGCGUGGCCCGUAUGGGAUUCUUCAGCAGUGAUCGUUGCAUCAACGAGUACGCAGAGGAAAUCUGGAACGUUGAACCUCUGAAGGUUGACGAAUAG